GGGCGUUGUACGGAGGGCGGAUGAAAGGGGAGGUGGGCGUGGUCUGUGGCGCACGUGCGGUGGCGCACGUGGCCGCGUGGCGCCUGCCCUGAGACCGGCUCCGGCGCGGCUCCUGCCUGCCUGGUGGAGAAUCUGAGCCGGGCACGGAGCCGCUCAGAGCCGCCCGGAAGAGCUGUCCAGUUAUCUCGAUGGCAAACAUGGAGUCCUCGAAGAGCGUUUCUUCCAGCGAGUCUUUGUAUUCGAUCGAGAGCGCCACGAGCGAGGAAGAAGAUGAUGAGCAGCGCUGUGGCGACUUCAACGUCUUCCUUUCGGAUAGCGGGAGUGAUGCAGAGAAGGAGGUGGAGGCCUUGAGGCACCGGCGGGAGGCAUACCCAGAGGGGACGGGCUUCCUCUUCUCCCCGGAAUCGGGGCGAGCUGAUCCAGGCCUGCUUUGCCGGGAUCGCAAGCGCCGGACACGGAAGCCACUUGGCUUGCUGGCUGCGGCCAGGCUGCGGCCUAUGGGCUCUUGUUGCCGUUACCCAGUGGUGCUUGAUGAGAGUUGCUAUAACCACUUGGUGGACACAGACGGAAGCCUGCCCAGGAACGCCGUGAGCCAGAAAAGGACAGAGAGUGGCAGACGCAAACGCCAGAGUGAUGCCAUGGGAGAUGGCCAGCCCCAUAAGUACCCGAGACAGAGGAGCAGUGGAAUAGAGGACCGAGAGGAUUUGCGCUCUCCCUGUUGGACAGAAGGGGACCAUCUCUUCGCCCAGAAGUGCUGGGAGCUCCAAGGUUUCAUCCAUCCUCUGGUGGGGCUUCUCAACAGGCUAAAGACGGGCCGCUUUGACCGAGGGCUAAGCAGCUUCCAACAGAGCGUGGCUAUGGAUAGAAUCCAGCGGAUAAUUGGCGUCCUUCAGAAGCCAGAGAUGGGGGAGCGUUAUCUGGGCACCCUGCUACAGGUCGAGAGGAUGCUUAAACUCUGGUUCCCUCAUGUCGCCUUGAAGAAUGCGUGCCCUGACUGCAGCGUCAUGGUAGCUGGGAAUGCGUGCGAGAAGCAGUCAUCCGCAGAGGCUAGGCUGCCACCCAGCCGAGACCCCUUGCACCACUCCCCUGUGGAGGAGCUUUACCAGCCACACCUUGUGGACCCGGUCUUGCCCGGCGACAAACCCAGCACUCACUGGGGGGAGACUCCCUGCUUCCUGGGUGACUGGCCUGCCGUCAACUUGACUUGGAUCCACACCUCGCCCAUUUCGAACCCUCCCUUGGGGCACGUAGACUUCAGCCGGACGAACCCUGUGUUCGGGCAGGCCUUGUUGGGGCCGAACCCCAGCGCCUAUGGGGUCGUCGUCUUCCUCCAGAGCAACACGGCCGUCCCAGCACCCUUUGGCCGCUCCACCUCUGUGUCCCCCGGCUGUGUCCCCACGACCCGCUGCCGUUCCAACAGGCUGCGCCUGGGCCCCGGGGACCUCCCUCGGUGUCAGAGCCUGCCAGGUGCCACGGUGGCAAGUAGCCACCUCCCAAGAGGAACCCUUGGCUGCCUCUCCCAGUCUCUGCCCUGCUUGCCUACAUCCAGCAAGGCGUCAGAGGGACGGGACAUGGCUGACCGUGGGAGGCCAGCAUAUUACUGUGACUCCUGAUGCUUGGUUAUCUGUAUCUCCCGAAAUGUGUGAAUUUAUUUUAUUGUUUCUCUUUGUUUUCUUUUUUAUAAAUGUUCCCCUUUUUUCUUUCCUUUUUUUUUUUAAUUUAAAGCAUUUCACGUGCAAAGCAGGCUGUCCACCAGGACAGGAGUGGGAAAUGUUUGGCUUCAAUAAAAAGCACCUGGAUGGUUGCCGAAUGAGA